AUGCGGGCGACGUUCAACAAACUACACGACACCGGAACGCUACCAAAACCGGAAGACGGAAGCCCACCCAAACAGCUGGCCCUGGCAUCUGCUGGCUGGGGACUGAUUCCUAAUCCACCUAAUGCACCACACCCGGAUUAUCUGGAGACGUUGAUGGAGAUAGGAAUGCAAAUCGCGCCAAAGUCUCAAUGCAAAAGCAACGUUCCAUAUGUCGACGAAUAUGAGACUUUUUGUACGGAUAACGCGCAAGGGGCCCUCUGUGGUGGUGACAGCGGUGGGGGUCUGCAAUUUUUAAUUCCAGACAGAUCAAAAUUGGUUGUCUACGGCGUAUUAUCUACCGGCCCCGAAAAUUGCAAGGGGGAAGUCGACGUAUUUGCAUUGACAGCGACGAAACUCACCAGGAUUAAUGAGGUAAUGGCUGUACAUCCCUAA